AGUGCGUGGCCGCCCCUUUUGCCCCGUGGAUCCAGCGAUCCCGCCGGCUCCGCCUCCGCCCCCGUGCCCCCCGUUAGCCCUGCCCUGGGGGUGGGGGAACGGCCUCGUUGAGCACCGCCCCGCCCGGCUCCGGCGCGGUGUCCCGGCCCCGGCAGGGACUAUGCGGAGAUGUUCGUCCCGGCGCGAGGCAGGAACAAAGAGUCGCCGCCGCUCAAGCCCGGGCAGCAGCCGCAGCCGCAGCAGCCGCCGUGCCCCGUCAGGCAGGGAGCCCGCGCCAUGCGGAGGGGGGGCGGCCGCCGGGGGGGCAGGAGCGACCCCCUGAGACCCUGCAGGGAGGGGUUGGCGGCCGACGGGGAGCGGCUGCGAGUGUUUGUGGAUGACAGAAAGGCCUUCACCAUAAAAGCUAAUAGCAAGAUAUGGCUCACUUUCCUUCUGGCUGCUAUUGCAGGAGUCCUACAUUGGUGUCACAUAACAACCCUUUUUGAAAAUGACCGACAUUUUUCUCACCUAUCAACGCUAGAAAGAGAAAUGGCUUUUCGCACGGAAAUGGGCCUUUAUUAUUCUUACUUCAAGAUCAUUAUUGAGGCACCAUCGUUUUGGAACGGAGUGUGGUCAAUUAUGAAUGACAGACUAACUGAAUAUCCUUUAGUGAUCAACACCUUACAAAGGUUCAAUCUUUACCCAGAGGUGGUCCUUGCCAGCUGGUACCGCAUGUAUACUGCCAUUAUGGAUUUCCUUGGUCUCCCGACAAAGAUGUGUUGGACUGUAAACCGAGGAAAAGGGCUUAGUCCUGUUGAAAGCUGCGAGGGGUUGGGGGACCCUGCUUCCUUUUAUGUCGCUGUGAUUUUUCUUUUGAAUGGAUUAAUGAUGUCGCUGUUCUUCAUAUAUGGUACAUACCUCAGUGGGAGCCGUCUAGGAGGCCUUGUUACAGUGAUUUGUUUCUUUUUCAACCAUGGAGAGUGCACUCGCGUCAUGUGGACUCCACCUCUUCGUGAAAGUUUCUCAUAUCCAUUCCUCGUGCUUCAGAUGUUGCUUUUGACCUAUAUUCUCAGGAUUCCGAGUAUUAAUACAGGAAGCUUGAUUGCACUGUGUGUUUCUAAUAUCUUUUUCAUGCUUCCCUGGCAGUUUGCUCAGUUUGUUCUUCUAACACAGAUAGCUUCCUUAUUUGCUGUGUGUAUUAUGGGUUAUAUUGAUUCCUGCAAAUUACAGAAGAUACUCACUGCUCAUAUGGUGUCUCUUGUAGUGUGUUUUAUUCUGAUGUUUGGUAAUUCGAUGUUACUGACAUCAUAUUAUGCUGCAUCUUUAGUAGUUAUCUGGGGAAUUCUUGAAUUGAGUCCAAGAGUCUUGAAAAGCAGCAGAAGAGAAGUCUAUGUUUGGGUCAUUGAAGGAUGUGCCUGGUUGUUUGGAACAGUCACCCUGAAAUACUUAACUUCUUUAGUCUUUGGAAUAGCUGAUGAUGCUCAUAUAGGAAAUAUAUUAAAAUCUAAAUUUAUUGGCUACAAGGAUUUUGAUACGUUAAUGUAUACCUGUGCUGCAGAGUUUGACUUCAUGGAAAAAGAGACUCCAGUAAGAUAUACAAAAACUCUCCUAUUACCAGUUGUCCUCAUGGUUUUGGGAGUAAUCAUCAAAAGGGCAAUUAAAUAUCUUAUGUGGGCCUUAUCUCAGGCAGGCCAACGUGAAAGAGAGGAACGUUUUAGCAAUGGUGAGCUGGUAUACCAUGCGUUGCAGCUGUUGGCAUACAGUGCCCUAGCAAUUUUAAUCAUGAGACUAAAACUGUUUUUGACACCACAUCUAUGUGUUAUGGCUUCCUUGGUGUGUUCAAAACAGUUGUUUGGAUGGCUCUUCUGUAAAAUCCAGCCCAGAACAUUGGUUUUUGCUAUUUUAGCAUUGAUGGCAAUUGAGGGAUCAUCAAACCUUCAAACUCAGUGGAACAUCAUGGGAGAAUUUAGCAAUUUGCCACAGGAAGAACUUUUAGAGUGGAUAAAAGUCAAUACCAGACAAGAUGCAGUUUUUGCAGGAGCAAUGCCUACAAUGGCAAGUGUUAAAUUGUCUACCCUUCGUCCUAUUGUAAAUCAUCCGCAUUAUGAAGAUGCAGGAUUAAGGGCCAGAACUAAAGUAGUGUAUUCCAUGUACAGUCGAAAACCUGCAAAAGAAGUAAAAAGAGAACUGGUAAAACUAGGAGUGAAUUACUACAUUCUAGAAGAGUCACUGUGUGUAAGCAGAAAAAAGCCUGGUUGCAGUAUGCCUGAAAUUUGGGAUGUUGAAGAUCCUGCUAAUAGUGGCAAAACUCCUUUAUGUACCCUUAUGAGCAAGGAUUCCAGGCCAUAUUUCAUCACAGUGUUUGAAAAUAGCAAUUACAGAGUCUUGAAGAUUCCAAAGGAAUGACAUUUCAAUGCAAAGAACCGUCAGUCUUUCAACUUUUUAAACUAGUAACUGUAAGAAUUCUAAAUCAGAAAUACUUUUUCUACUAGACUUAAAAUGGAAAAAUGUGUAUUAUUUUUUUUUACCAUUUUAAGUGAAUUCUGAUUAUAGAAAUAUCUUAAACCUAACAGUUUGGAUUUCUAUUUCAGGGUCAGUCCCUUGAGAUUUGCUAUGCAAAUGACUAUAUGUUUGCACAUUUUAUUUAACACUGAUCCAAAAAGAGUUAAAAGUAGCUAUGGAAAAUAACUCCAUUCUCAAAACCAAUGAUAUUGUGAAAUGGGACUGUCAGAAUGACUUAGCAAAGCAAGUUUGUUUAAAGCUAGGAACAAAGGAAUGGUGCUAUAGCAUCUGGCAUCACAUUUCUCAUGUCAAUUUCAUUACCCAUCUCCCUUCUGGACAAAGUGAUAACAGAAAUUCUCUUAAAAUUCACAUAGUUCCACUAGUCAUGUCUGAGAGAAACACGUUUUCUUCUUUGAGAGGAUUAAGAACAUUUGUCAUUUUGGAUCACUUAACACAUGCUUUUAAGCUUGCUUUUGAAAUGGAAAAGUUUGUAGGCAGCCUUGAAACUUCAUUUUUUAGGUGCAUGUUCUUGCAAUCUUACUGAUGUUAAAAAAAGACUAAUAAGGGUAAUAUUUGCAGUGAGCAAUAGUUCAGCUUCUCAGUGUCCGAGGAUUUUUAGCAUUCUUAUGCAUUCAGAAUGAGCUUGGCAUAUUACACAUGAAAUUUUUAAGGGAAAAUGCUUUAUUCAGGAAAAAUCUGUCAUAGCCUUAGGAAGAUACUAAAGUAAAUUCUUCACUGCCUUAACAAGACCUUCAGCGCCUAACUUAAUAAGACAUUACUUUCAAAAUUUAUGCCCUAUUUUUUUCUCCAUGUAUUAGAUGUUGCCUGGAUUUUACCAUCGUCAUUAAAGGAAAAUGAAUUUUAACCCAGCUGUGAUAUGGGUAUUUUCAGUUGUGUAGGUAUAAUUACUCCAACAAUAUUAGACUGGUUCUGCAGAAUUUUCAUCAUCUUGGUGUCACACCAAUAUUAUAAGUAAUAAAGAAUUUAGAAAAUUUACUUUCCAAGAUACCCAGUG